AUGAGACGGACUGCUGCUUUGGUGCUGUUGAGCACCAUUGCUCCCACUGGCACUUUCGCUGCUACUGAGAGUGUCCCCAGAGGAGUUGGGCCUGAAUUUGCCAAGUUCUAUGCCAACAAGGAAACCUUCACCUGCAUCAGCAACCCCUCGAUCGUCCUCAAGUCCUCCCAAGUCAACGACAACUCCUGCGACUGCCCCGACGGCUCCGACGAGCCGGGAACCUCAGCAUGCUCACACCUGGACCCUCUCUCGCCCGAGCAGCCUCUGCCCGGUUCCGUGACGGGCACCACCAACACCACGCGCGCCCUGCCCGGCUUCUGGUGUGAGAACAAGGGCCACAUCGGUGCCUACAUCCCCUUCAUGUACGUCAACGACGGCGUGUGCGACCAUGAACUCUGCUGCGACGGCACCGACGAGGCCCUCCACGUCGGCGGCACCAAGUGUGAGAACCGCUGCGCGUCCAUUGGGAAGGAGUACCGCCGCCUCCAGGAGGAGCGUCGGCAGAGCAAAGAGCGGUCGGCCAAGCAGAGACGGACUCUCGUCAAAGAGGCGAGCGAGCUGCGUCGGCGCGUGGAGAGCAAGGUUGCUAGUUUGAAGGAGGAGAUUGCCAACUUGGAGGUGCAGAAGGCGGAGUUGCAGAAAAAGUACGAUGAGGUUGAGCGGGCUGAGAGAGGCAAGGUGGUCAAGGCGCCAGGCGAGGGCGGUAAGCUGGGUGUUUUGGUUGGACUGGCCAAGAAGCGCGUUGAUGAGCUGAGGGAUACCCUUGAUAAGGUGCUGGAUCAACGCGACGACUUGCAGGAUCGCGUCGAUCAGCUGGAGGACAUCUUGAGCAAGCUCAAGGAGGAGUAUAACCCUAACUUCAACGACGAGGGUGUCAAGGCUGCUGUUCAGGGCUACGAGAACUAUGCUGCCGGCAAGUCUACUGAGAAGAAGUCGGAGGUUGUUGAUGCCGAUGUUUUGGAGGUCCUCAAGGAGGAUGGCCCCGAUUCGGGCAUCAACUGGGCCGAGUUCCAAGAGGAAGAGAGCAGCGAUGCCGAUAUUGUUUACAACCUAGAAGCCUACCUCCCGCCCUCCGUCCGCUCCUUCAUCCACUCCAAGAUCUCCUCUCUCAAAGUCUGGCUGAUCGAGAACGGCGUCCUAGCCGACAACCCGACUACUGGCGGCCCUACGGAAUCCAAGCUGGUCAAGGCCGCGCGCGACGCGCUCGAGGCCGCCCGCGCCGAGCACACCACCAAGACGUCGCAGCUCGCCGACGAGGAGCGCGACUUAGCCAAGGACUACGGGCCCGACGACAUCUUCCGCGCACUCAAGGGCCAGUGCGUCAGCGCCGAUGUGGGCGAGUACGAGUACGAGCUGUGCUGGUUCGAUCGCACGACCCAAAAGAGCAAAAAGGGUCAUGGCAACACCAACAUGGGCAACUUUGAGCGGAUCACUACCGAAAUUGCCGAUGAGGAGGAUCGCGUGGAUGGAAAGGGCCUGGGUAAGGGGCCGAGGAUGGUGUUGAGGUUUGAGAAUGGUCAGGGAUGCUGGAACGGGCCGCAGAGACGGACAGAUGUGUGGUUGGCGUGUGCUGAGAAGGAUGAGCUGUGGAGGGUUAGUGAGAGCGAGAAGUGUGUUUACAGGAUGGAGGUGGGCACGCCGGCUGCUUGUGAGGAUGUGGGCGAGCCGGGGGUUGGAACUAAGGGUCAUGAUGAGCUUUGA